AGCUCCGUCCCGAGCGGCGCAAACGCCAAAAUCACAGAGAGCGAGGCAAAAAAAUUGCGAUCUCCUUUUUUUUUGCAGCCACACCGCCACAAUUGUGGUCUCACCAGAUCGCUCUCGGAUCGCUCUCACCGCUCAAUUCUAAUUUCCGUGAAGAGUUAUGAAGGGGAAAGCUGCGUGGGAACCUGAAUACCACAGAGUAUUCGUGGAGCUAUGCGUGGAGCAGAAGCUGCGAGGGAACAAACCUGGAACGCAGCAUUUAUUUGAACCUUUUCAGGAGAGGACAGGGGCAAGGUUUAACAAGAAGCAGCUUAAGAAUCAUUGGGACACAAUGUGCAAGCAGUGGAAGAUUUGGCGUAGGCUUGUUCAGUGCAGCGAUAUGAAGUGGGACCCUGAGGCUAAUACUUUCCGUGCCACUGCUGAAGACUGGGCUAACUAUGUGCAGGUGAAUCCUGAUGCUAGUACGUUUCGGUUGAGUCCUCCUUUGUAUCUCAAGAAGCUAGAGAUUAUCUUUGAAGGCAAUAACGUAGGAGAUGAUGAAGGUGGUUCCAGUAAAUGCAAGAGGAAGCGAAGAAGCAGGCAUCAUCAUCAUGAACAAGAAGUUGAUACUGGAUAUGAUGAUGAUGAUCACGAUAUGCAGAUAGCGUCUAAUUUCUCAACUCAUCAUGAUAUGAAGAUUGAAUCUGAUUUCUCAACGACUCAUUCCAAAGGGUACUGGUCACCAGCCACACACGAGCUGUUUCUGGACUUGUUGGUCCAAGAGACUUACAAAGGAAACAGACCUAACACACAUUAUCCAAAGGAAAGCUGGAGACUGAUGCUUGAGACCAUUAAUCAAAACACUGGGAAAAAGUACACAAGAUCUCAGUUGAAAAACCACUGGGAUUGUACUAGGAAGGCCUGGAAGAUAUGGUGUCAACUCAUUGGUGCUCCUAUCAUGAAAUGGGAUCCAAAUACUUGUACUUUCGGUGCAUCAGAAGAGGAUUGGAGAAUCUAUUUAGAGGAGAACCCUAGAGCUACACAGUUCAGAAGGAAACAAGUUCCUUGCGCUGACAAACUAGCAAUCAUCUUUAAAGGAGUUAUUGAACCUGGAAAAGCUGACUUCCGUCCUUACCGCAAGAAACUACGAGACCAUUCCGAGUCACCACAGCUGCUACAUGACCCAACGCCACUAUCAACUCUCUACAUAAACGAGCCAGUCACAGGAAGUGAAGAUGGAGAUGAUGAUGAUGACGAAGAUGCUGAUGAUAAUGAUGACUAUGAUGGUGAGCCUACUCAUACUCCUCAUCGCAGGAGACUUGGUUUUGCAGAGUCUCGGUUACAAGAUGUUGAGAUUGGAACUCCAGUAUUUAACUCGUUGGAGGCCAAGAGGAUGAGGGAGAGUCCGUUGGUUUCGGCUAAGCAAUGCGAGUAUACUAUUGGUGAAUGUAUUGAGCGUUUGGAUUCGAUGGAAGAGGUUGAGCCAGGGAGUGAUCUUUACAUGUUUGCGUUGGAUUUGUUUCUGAGGAAAGAGUACAGAGAGAUCUUCUUGCAGUUGAAGAAAGCAAGUUUGAGAAUCUCUUGGCUGCUUAGGCUUCAGGCUGGUCCUCCUACUCAUGCUGCUUAAGUUCCUCCUUUAACUAUGAUCUCCCUGUUUAUGUGUGUGAUUAAGCAAAACUGUUUAUUUAUCUUUUCAGUGAUGACAGUUUUUUUUUGUAAUGUUUGUUGGUAAUAUCUAAAGUAUGUUGGAGUAACCUAGAGCAAUGUAUAAUAUCUUUCAACA